ACGCCGUUUCUGCUCUGCAGGCAGAUGCAGCACUUGGGAAAGAAUGUGGGUGGCCUCCCGGACUGAGUGUGGCCCAGCCCACGGCCAGAAAGACAUGGAACAUCAGACCUACAGCCUCUGGGAGACAGAUUCUCCCGCAGAUGAGAGCCCAGCUGGGGGACACCUGGCUUUUUGCCUGUAAGACCUGCACAGAGAACCCAGUCAAGCCUGGAUGCAGCUUUCCGGCCCACGGAACUGUCAGGUGAUGAGUGGGUGUUAUUUUAAGCUGCUAAGUGUGUGGUGACUUGAUGUGCAGCAGGAGACAGGAACCGGCCUCUGCUCUGGAUGAGGUCGGGGAGGCUGCUGAGGGAGGGGUCGGGCGACUCCGUCUCUUCCGCCGGAACAUUUCCGUCCUGUGUUCACCCACGCCAUCUACCAGAGCUCCUGGUCCCUGCCCAUGACGUAAAGACACCACAAUGAGCUGGCUGUGGGGGCCACCGGCUCCAGAGGCUGAUGGAGAGGACCUGUGCCACUCUGUGGUUAACCAGUUCACUGAAGACCCGGCAACCAGGGACCUACCAGGGCCAGUGGGUCGGCGGCAUGCGCCAGGGCUACGGCGUGCGGCAGAGCGUCCCCUACGGCAUGGCGGCGGUCAUCCGCUCGCCCCUGAGGACCUCCAUCAACUCCCUGCGCAGCGAGCACAGCAACGGCGCGGCGCUUCACCCCGACGCCUCCCCCGCCGUGGCCGGCAGCCCCGCCGUGUCCCGCGGGGGCUUCGUGCUGGUGGCGCACAGCGACUCCGAGAUCCUCAAGAGCAAGAAGAAGGGGCUAUUCCGGCGCUCGCUGCUGAGCGGGCUGAAGCUGCGCAAGUCGGAGUCCAAGAGCAGCCUGGCCAGCCAGCGCAGCAAGCAGAGCUCCUUCCGCAGCGAGGCCGGCAUGAGCUCGGUCAGCUCCACGGCCAGCGACAUCCACUCCACCAUCAGCCUGGGCGAGGGCGAGGCCGAGCUGUCGGCCAUCGAGGACGACAUCGACGCCACCACCACCGAGACCUACGUGGGCGAGUGGAAGAGCGACAAGCGCUCGGGCUUCGGCGUCAGCCAGCGCUCGGACGGGCUCAAGUACGAGGGCGAGUGGGCGGGCAACCGGCGGCACGGCUACGGCUGCAUGACCUUCCCCGACGGCACCAAGGAGGAGGGCAAGUACAAGCAGAACAUCCUCGUGAGCGGCAAGCGCAAGAACCUCAUCCCGCUGCGCGCCAGCAAGAUCCGCGAGAAGGUGGACCGGGCCGUGGAGGCGGCCGAGCGGGCGGCCACCAUCGCCAAGCAGAAGGCGGAGAUCGCGGCCUCCAGGACUUCCCACUCCCGGGCCAAGGCGGAGGCGGCCCUCACCGCGGCCCAGAAGGCCCAGGAGGAGGCGCGAAUCGCCCGGAUCACUGCCAAAGAGUUCUCCCCUUCCUUCCAGCACCGGGAAAACGGGCUAGAGUACCAGCGGCCGAAGCAUCAGCUUUCCAGCGACGACAUCGAGGUGACCUCCACGGGGACACCCCCGCAGCAGGAGAGCCCCGAGCUGUACCGCAAGGGCACCACCCCCUCGGACCUGACCCCCGACGACAGCCCCCUGCAGAGCUUCCCCGCCAGCCCCACGGCCACCCCACCCCCGGCCCCCGCCGCGAGGAACAAGGUGGCCCACUUCUCCCGGCAGGUCUCGGUGGACGAGGAGCGGGGCGGGGACAUCCAGAUGCUGCUUGAGGGCCGGGGAGGGGACUACGCCCGCAACAGCUGGGCCGAGGAGAAGGCCGGAGGCUCCCGCGGCAUCCGCAGUGGCGCCUUCCGCAGCAGCCAGCCCGCGGAUGACUUCCGCACCCGGGGCGCGGGCCACAAGCAGUCCGGCAACCCCAAGCCCCGGGAGCGGCGGACGGAGUCCCCCACCACGUUCUCCUGGACUUCCCACCACCGGGCCGGCAACCCCGGCCCCGGGGGCCCCAAGCUGCUGGAGCUGGACGAGGAGAAGCUGAGCAACUACGAGAUGGAGAUGAAGCCCCUGCUGAGGAUGGACUCGUAUGCACAGGACGUGCACCCCCCGAAAAGACGCUACAGCAAGGGGGGGGCCGGCCGGGGCCCCGGGGAGGACCACCGCGCCGACGACCGGGCCUUCGGGGCCCAGAGACUGCGGUCCAAGUCCCAGAACAAAGAGCACGCCAGGCCGGCCCCCUGCACAGAGCCCGCAGUGCAGAGGCUGGAGAGCCUGAGGCUGGGGGACCGGGCAGAGCCGCGGCUGCUGCGCUGGGACUUGACCUUCUCCCCGCCCCAGAGGUCCUCGCCCGUGGCGCUGGAGUCUGAUGACGAGAACGGGGACGAGCUCAAGGCCAGCACGGGCUCCGCGCCGAUCCUGGUUGCCAUGGUGAUCUUGCUAAACAUCGGAGUCGCCAUUUUGUUUAUUAACUUUUUCAUCUGAGGAGAUUGUCACGUUCGCAAAAAACAGUUGGGGUACAAAUGGGGGACGUUUCAAAGCGAAACAACAAAAGGGAAGGCUCGUUGCUCGGACACCCAACGACAACUUCCGAGUCUUUUCACAGAACCACACGAUUGGGUAUUACUCACAGUUUGCCUUUUUUUCUGGGUAAUGUUUUUUGGAUUUUAGCCACAGUUCCUUGCUUGUAUAACACUAUGCUGUGUGGCAUGGCAGAAGGAGGCCAGCACGCCGACCCUCCAGCUUGACGUGGAAAGAAAAGGGAUCCCGGCAAGUCCGCGGCAAAAAAAAAAAAAAAAAAAAAUCAAACCGUCGCCGUCAUCACACUGCAUCUGGGACGUGGAGGGGGCAGCCUGGGCGGAGGAUCGGUGGUCCGGCUGUGGCGGGCGGGGCGGGGGCCAGCGGCUGGGGACGGCCGCCCACGGGAAGUCCGGUAACCCUGCGUUCCUGUUCUGGACGAGCGGGUGACAGGCGUGGGCACCCCCCUGGGCCUUGUUCUGUCUCAGACCUCUGCUGCAUGCCCCGGGGGGCGCCCGUGAAGCCAUCACACCCCGGCCCCUGGCGCUGCCCACGGCCCUCGAGAGGCCGCCUCUCCACACCGAGUCUUACAGCAAAGUCCUUAUUUUUCUGUCUUUCCCUCCCCCACCAACCCAGGCCCCCAGGGCUGCUGCACAGUGGGCUUCCAGGGGACUGGCAGUGGGGACAGGGGAGGGGGCGCACUGUGGUUGGGGGCGGGGGGAGACCUCACGGGGACAGCCUGUCGUCGGGCCCGGGCCCCAGCACGUGGCGUUGGUGCACUGCAGGCGCAAGAUGCCUGUCCAGGCUCCUGCCCAGGUCCACAGCCCGGUCGGCCCCACGCCACGUGGUCCUCUCUGGCUGUCUCUGAGCCCGUGGUCUCCACCUUCUCGUCCUGUGCCUGCCUCCACUGCCCCGGCAGACCCGCGUUUUCCUCCUAGAUGCCUCACGCGCACUCGGGGGCUGGUCGGGUCCCAAGACAGGAAUGUGGUCACAACCCAGGGGGGACUUGACAGCUCCUGAGCAGUCAUGACAUAUCCAACUCCAGAAUAUGCAACGUACUUGUUUCAGCCCCACAAGACCAGGUUCUGGUGUGUCUGCCGCCAGUGCUGUCCACCGUCCAAACUAAACACCAAGGUCCCAGACCGUCUGGGUGCCCGCCCGGCGGGCGCGUGCGUGGACGCGUGUGUGGGGCCCG